GUGCAGAACAAAUUCUGGUCUGGAGUUCACAUUUGGCGGCUGAGGCUGUGGCUGUGGCCCAAUGUUCCAGCUUCUUUCCAUACGUGAGACCGACAUGCCCUACAAAGAAUCGAUACUCGUCCUUCUCCUAUUCGCCUUCUUCCCUCUGCAACUAGGUGGAGAAGAAACUCUCAAGCCCUCCGUUUUUACCCAACCUUCUCCACUCAAAUCUUUACCCAUUAACCCUCAAUCCCAGUUCAUUUCUAGUUUUCAAUUUGUUCAUCCUGUUCUUGAUUACCCACGUCGUAAUUUCUCCGCCAUUGUGUAAUUUGAUCCUCUUUUGUAGCUUUUAUUUAUGGUGAAGGGUUUUUCUGAACAAGAUUUGAAGAGGGCUGUUUAGAGUUUUUUGGGAUGUGAUUGGUUUAUGGGAUGAUUUGUAAUGGCUCGGGACGGGCAUGUGGUGCCGGUGGAUCCACAGACGGCGUUGACUGUUAAGAAGAAGAAACAGUCUUCUCGGAGUUGGAUUCUGCUGGAUUGUUCGGGCCAAGGGACCGUCCUCGAUGUCGACAAGUAUGCGAUUAUGCAUCGAGUUCAAAUUCAUGCUCGAGAUCUUCGGAUUCUUGACCCUUUGCUUUCUUAUCCCUCUAAGAUUUUGGGGCGUGAGAGGGCCAUCGUUCUUAAUCUGGAGCAUAUAAAGGCGAUCAUUACUGCUGAAGAGGUUUUGCUUAGAGAUCCAACAGAUGAACAUGUCAUCCCUGUGGUCGAAGAGCUUCAGAGACGACUGCCUCCUUCUAAUGUCUUCCAAGAGUAUCAGGGUGGGCUACAUGAUGGUGAAGCUGAAGAAGAUGAAUCCCCAUUUGAAUUCCGUGCCCUCGAGGUAGCUUUGGAAGCUAUAUGUAGUUUUCUUGCCGCUCGGACAACUGAACUGGAGACUGCUGCUUAUCCAGCACUGGAUGAGCUUACUACCAAGAUUAGUAGCCGCAAUUUGGACAGAGUUCGUAAAUUGAAGAGUGCAAUGACUAGGUUGACCGCAAGGGUUCAAAAGGUGAGAGAUGAGCUUGAACAAUUACUAGACGAUGACGAUGAUAUGGCAGACCUUUACUUGUCAAGAAAGACGAGUUCAUCUUCUCCUGUAAGUGGUUCUGGUCCUGCCAAUUGGUUUCCUGCAUCUCCUACCAUUGGUUCAAAGAUCUCAAGAGCAAGCAGAGCAAGUAUAGCAACUGCACGAGGGGACGAAGAUGACAUCGAGGAGCUUGAAAUGUUACUGGAGGCCUACUUUAUGCAGAUUGAUGGUACAUUGAACAAAUUAACUACACUGCGAGAAUAUAUUGACGACACAGAAGAUUAUAUCAAUAUCCAGCUCGAUAAUCAUCGAAAUCAACUCAUCCAGUUGGAGCUGUUUUUAAGUUCUGGAACGGUUUGUAUGUCUAUCUAUUCAUUGGUGAGUGCCAUAUUUGGAAUGAAUAUUCCAUAUACUUGGAAUGACGACCAUGGAUACAUGUUUAAAUGGGUUGUCAUUGUUUCUGGAGUAGCUUGCGCUUUGCUGUUCGUAGUGAUUGUUUACUAUGCUCGCCUCAAAGGUUUGGUGGGGUCUUGAUCUUCUUGCAUUGAACAUCCGACCCUUUACAGAUGGAUGUCGAUAGUCGAACCGUUGCAAUAAGUGAAAAAACGAUAGAAAUAAGAAAAGUCCAUUGCAGAUAGUUUAGAGUGAAUUACAUACCUGACUAUAAUUGCAGUUUGUGGAUUAUAGGAAUUGGAGAAAGAAAAGGAAAAGAAAAUAAAUAUGGAUGAAACAAGCUUAUGAAAUCAAAGAUCAGCAGGUAGUUCAUA